GUACUCUUCCAUUCAUCAAGAUGGAAAGCUCAGAUUCUAGUGAUAAAGGGAAUAUCGAUCAAUCGGAAGCACAGCGUCAGAGGCAGCUGGAUCGGUUAGAUCGAGAAGAAGCUUUCUAUCAGUUUGUAAACAACCUGAGUGAAGAGGACUACAGGCUUAUGAGAGACAACAAUUUGCUAGGAACACCAGGUGAAAUUACUGAAGAAGAGUUGCUGAGAAGGCUACACCAAGUUAAAGAAGGUCCGCCACAGCAAAACAGUGAUGAGAAUAGAGGUGCAGAGUCCGCAGAAGAUGUUUCAAAUGGAGAUUCUAUAAUAGACUGGCUUAAUUCAGUCCGACAGACUGGAAAUACAACACGAAGUGGGCAACGAGGAAACCAGUCUUGGAGAGCAGUGAGCCGGACUAACCCCAAUAGUGGUGACUUCAGAUUCAGUUUGGAAAUAAAUGUCAACCGUAAUAAUGGGAACACAAAUCCAGAAACUGAGAAUGAGCCAUCUCUAGAGCCUUCCAGUGGGGAGGAUUUGGAAAACAGCCAAAGUGACUCUGAAAUUCCAAGGUCCGAAUCGCCAUCCGUAAGGCAGCCUGGAUCAGAAAGGAGCACUUCAGAGGAGCUAACAACUGAGGAAGCUUCCCCUCCUAGAGGGCAGAGGAGAGCAAGAAGUAGGAGUCCAGAACAGCGGAGAACGCGGGCUAGGACUGAUAGAAGUAGGUCACCUAUUAAUCCAGUUAGUGAGACUCCUCGCAGGUCUCAUCACAAUACAUCAUCUCAAACACUUGACCACUCCUCAGUGAAUGAAGUCGAGGGAAGCUCUAGAACUAGGCAGCAUGUGACUUUAAGGCAGCAUGCAGUGGGGACUGAGAUGCCAAGUGAAAAUGCAGUUCUGUUUUCAAGCCCUGAAACAAGACCUGCUCCUCAAGCAGCAGGCUCUUCAGAAACUAAUGGUACCAGUGAGUCUGCAGCUCCUGGGCAGAGGCCUCCUACCAUAGUGCUUGAUCUUCAGGUGAGAAGAGUUCGUCCAGGAGAGUAUCGGCAAAGAGACAGCAUAGCCAACAGAACUCGGUCCAGGUCCCAAACACCCAACAACACUGUCACCUAUGAAAGUGAACGGGGAGGGUUUAGGCGCACGUUUUCACGUUCAGAAAGGGCUGGAGUGAGAACUUAUGUCAGUACCAUUAGGAUUCCAAUCCGUAGGAUCUUAAAUACAGGCUUAAGUGAGACUACAUCAGUUGCUAUUCAGACUAUGCUAAGGCAGAUAAUGACAGGCUUUGGAGAGCUGAGUUACUUUAUGUAUAGUGAUAGCGAUGCAGACCCUAAUGGCCCAACUCCAAAUCAGAAUGUGGAUGCUUCUGAGCCACAGAAUGGAGGUGGUGGUACUUCAGGCAAUGAAAAUACAGAUGUUAGCUCAGGGGAGGUGUAUGAAGGUGGCAAUGAAGGUGGUUCAACAUCUGGUGCCAGGCGGGAAGGUCGGAAUACAAGGGGUUCAGUCACAUUUGAAGAAAGUGGUUCUCUCCCAUUCCUUAGCCUAGCACAGUUUUUCCUGCUAAAUGAAGAUGAUGAUGACCAACCAAGAGGACUCACCAAAGAACAAAUUGACAACCUAGCAAUGAGGAAUUUUGGUGAGAGCGAUGCUCUGAAAACCUGUAGUGUGUGUAUUACCGAGUACACGGAAGGCAACAAGCUCCGGAAGCUGCCUUGUUCACACGAGUAUCACGUCCACUGCAUUGAUCGCUGGUUAUCGGAGAAUUCCACUUGUCCCAUUUGUCGCAGAGCAGUCUUAGCUUCCGGUAACAGAGAGAGUGUUGUCUAAAUGAGAUCUGGAUUUAUGGCCAAGCAGCUAGUGUGAUAGUGAUGGGCAAAGAAGUCACUUCCUUUAUGGCCACUUUUUGAGUGGUACCUCAAUGUAUAGUAAUGACUUGGAGUGAAUCUUCCCUCAUGAAAGCCUUUUCUCUGAAUUCAAGCUUUUAAAAUUGGAAAGUUUCUUUAAUUAGAGUUUUUGAGAUUUAGUCAGUUUGGGUGUUAAAUUUCACUUGUCCAAAGACAUCUACUCACUUAAACAUACUUUCUUUUUCUUUGUGAAGAGUAUUAAGUUCUUUCUCCCACCCAGCCCCUGCCAUCCCAGUCCAAUAAACGUUACGUCCUCAAGAUUGUGCUUAUGAGGAGUUCUUGGAGAAGUCAUCCCAGCUAAAUGUACUUGAAUCAAGGAGGAGUUUUUGCAAGAAAUCCAACUAUCUGAAAGAAUGAUGUGAACUUAAUUGCACACUUGAACCUACUUUUAAGUUUCAUCCUGGGUUGAUAUUGGACAUGUCUGUGUAAAUAACACUAAUGUUAGUUAACCCUUUCCCCAUCACUAUGACACGCUGUAGGAUGAGCUGUUAGCUUAACUGGGAUAUUUAUCUUGUUGUGGAAAUAUAAGAAUUGCCUAUGCUUGUUUAAAUAAAGAAGAAAAAAAAUCUGUUUUAAAAUUGUAAAGCUUUUUUGUAGGAGCUCAGUACUUUUCCAAUGCACUGUUGUACUAACGCAUUAAGAAUUAAAAUUGUACCAUGCUUAGAAAUCAAGAAUGCUUUUCAUACAAAACCCACCACACAGAGAGCAAACUAAAUACGAGAGAGCUGCUUUUGUGACUGUGUACCUGUCAAGAGCAGUGCAUAUCUGUACUAUUUAUGUGAACAGCUACUGUAAUAUAAACCCAAUUGAAUUAGACAUCUUAAUUGCAUUAAAAAAAUGGAAAUUAAAUGUUAUAAUUGCAGUGUUUUGGCUUGGAAAUGCCACCAAAAAGGAGAUUAUUCUAGUGGAGUGGCUGGUUAUUGCUUGGUAUGGUUGCUAAUACAUGAUACUACAAACCAGUAUGUACCAGUUCAUUCAAUGAGGUUUAUGCUUCAUUUUCUAUCAACUUCGAAUUUUGGAGGCAACUGUCUGUAACUGUUCAGCAAAUACGUAUUGACAGGGUUAGGUUUUUUUCUUCCCUAACACUUCUGAUUAUAUUGGCAUCCUCUGCAUCUGUUGAGUGAACAUGCUGAUACAUCCAGUGUUAGUAGCCUGUGACUUCAGAGCCACAGGAAAAUAACUCAAGUGUUAACUGGAAGCUAUUAUCAGAGUUAGAUUAAAUUUGAAAAUGAUAAUUGAUUAUGGGAUUACACUUAACUGUGCAGCCAGGGCUAAGAAUAUCAAAACUCUUUAUGCUCCUAUUGGACAUAUUAAAAUGGGAUUAAUUUACGUUUUAAAUUGUGUGUGACAUUGAAAUGGAGAAUUGGAGAACGUACCUCAGCUCAUCUGUAUCAGGGAAAAGAUCCUUCACCCUCAAUGAUCAGUUUUGUUCUAUUCUGUAAUGAUUAUUUUCUGGCUUUUGCAUGUGACAGGGAAAGCAAUAUGUAUUUGGACUCCAGGGCAGUAGUUGCUGAGGGAUAUGAACUGCUCUUGCUGGCUCUGUGGGAAUCAUGCUUGUUCCUCACAUGAUAAAACCAAAGCUGGCUUAUCUCUUUUUUUCUUUUCCUAAUUAAAACACAUUUGGUGUUUUACAGUGGUGGUUGCAUAAACUGUAGUCUCUGCUCGAAGCCAUUUGAACAUCUCAUCAGCUAGUUAAUGAUUCCACAAUGUCCCAAAAUUCCAAAGUUUUCCUACGUGUGCAUUUUGUGGUGCUUGGUUCAGUGGGAAACCCUGACUGGCUCUUGAGCUGACUUUCCUCCUGGUGGGGCUUCCUGCGUGCGUUCUUCUUGAACAGACGAAUCAAUAAGCUUGUGGGGUUUGCAUUUUUCCCUCUUGACAUGCAUCACUGUGUAAUUGGAAAUGAGCUGUUUCAGGUGCUGGACUCUCUAUGCCAAAAUUUCCUCAACAAAAUAAUACUUCUGAAUUUCUUCUAGUAGCCUUCACGUUGCAAAUGCAUACACUAUCAGUUGCAGUUUCCAGUAGCUUUACCGACUUACGGAGCAUAGAAUUGGAAGGAGAAAAAACCCUCUUUAUGUGAAUAUCAUGGUAGAUUUCAAAACCUGAUGUACAUCUCUGAGGACUAACUGGUAACCAGAAAGAAAGGAGCCCACUGGUGCAAAUCAAUGUGAAGCACGGCUGUGAUACCUGUCAUUCAACAUAGCUUUCUUUUUAACGGUCUGAGUUUCCAGUAACUGUUCACAUUGGUAGAAUCAACUUUACAGUUUUGUUAUAGCUUAAUAGUGGCAUGCCUUAACAUUUUAUCUUUCUGUAACAAUAGCAACUAAUAAAAUAUUGGAGGUUUCCCAAAUGGUACCAAGAACAAAUAAUUUAAUCUCAGGUCAGGAGACCUUGAGUGUUCUCAAUGUUUUCUAUGCCUUUUCCAGUGCUGAGCGUGCUCAUGAAGGUGCUGGGGGGAGUUCUUGUGUGAUGGCUGGAGGAGUUGGCAGAAUUAAAUUGCUGAUACAGCAAA